GCUUUUCCACUCCACUCCGUGCGCCCCCAACCACGCCGCACACUUCUCGCGGCCUCCAAAACCCAAAUCCCUGACCGCCGGCGGCGGCGAUGCUCCUCUACCACCGCAUCCUCCCUCGCCUCCUCUCCCUCUCCCUCCCCUCCAGCCCCACCUCGAAACUCCUCAUCCGCCCCUCCCGCCUCCCUCCUCGCGGCCCCUUCCUGCCUCGCUGCGCCGCGCUCUCUCAGCUCGCGGCCCCCCAAACCGUAGACCACUCCGACGCCGAAGAAUCCGCCGACCACUUCGACGCCGAAGAGCCCCAGGAGCCCCAGGAGCCGCAGGAGGUGCAGGUAAAGCUCCCCCUCGACCGGCUCUUCCUGCCACCGGGGGCGAGCGUGACCCCGGGGGACGAGGAGGUCGUGACCGCGCGGGUCCUCAAGGGCUCCAACAUCGUGCUGGGCACGUACGCGCGGGGCGAUGCGCAGGUGGUUAACGCGGAUUUCAUAAAGAGCAGCGUGCGACCCGAUGACUGCCCCAGGGAUGGGCUGCCCGAGUUCGCGCUCGUCGGCCGCUCCAACGUCGGCAAGUCGUCACUGCUCAACUCGCUCGUUCGCCGCAAGCGCCUCGCGCUCACCUCCAAGAAGCCUGGAAAGACCCAGUGCAUCAAUCAUUUUAAAAUAAAUGACAGUUGGUACCUUGUUGACUUGCCUGGUUAUGGAUAUGCUUCAGCACCACAGGUAGCUCGUAAAGAUUGGGAUGAAUUUACUAGAAAUUACUUCCUCAGCAGAGACAAUUUGGUCUCAGUUUUUCUCCUUAUUGAUGCAAGUAUUCCUGCUAAGAAUAUUGAUCUUGACUAUGCUAGUUGGCUUGGGCAAAAUAAGGUCCCAAUGACACUCGUCUUCACAAAGUGCGACAAGCGCAAGAAGAAGAAAAACGGCGGCAAGAGACCGGAAGAAAAUGUAGAAUGCUUCCAGAACCUGAUUCGCGAAUAUUUCGAGGCGGCACCUCCGUGGAUAAUGACGAGCAGCGUAACGAACCAAGGCAGAGACGAGAUACUUCUGCACAUGUCUCAGCUCAGAAACUAUUGGCGCAAGCAUUAAGUGGAGGAGUAACAAGAGUAAGACUGAAGUAACAGCAAACUGCAUGCAUGCAAGCGGCAACCCCUGCUACGGUUUGAUGCAUCGGCACCUUUGCAAUCAGGAUUUCACCAACCAAUCUGCCUUGCCUUUUGAGCUGUUGAUUGCCCACGAUUGCACGAUGAUUACUCAAUCAACAGGCAGACCGGGGAUACAGACAAGCCGCUGAAAUCAACUACCCUGUUUUUUUCUUCUAUAUUUGUACAACCGUACAGUCUCAACGUUUUGUCUUUGUUACCUUCUGAUUAUAAGAUUGUGCGUCCUGUAUGUAGACUAAAGAAACUCCCGUGUCAGCUAAUCAUCAUCGGGAAUCCCACACGUUUGUUUGUUA